AGUCCCGCGGGGCGGAGGAUGGCGUGUGGCGGCGGCGGCGGCUGCUGCUGCUCCAGCGCCAGCCGCCUGAACGCGGACAACGCGCGGUUCCUCCUGCUGGCGGUGCUGAUUGUGCUGUACAUGCUGUGCGGCGCCGCCGUCUUCUCGGCCAUCGAGCAGCCCACAGAGCGAGAGGCCAAGGAGCGCUGGGAGGAGCGGCUGGAGAACUUCACCCGUCGCCACAACCUCAGCCGCGCCGAGCUCCGACACUUCCUCCGGGAGUACGAGGAGGCCAGCGUGGCCGGCGUCCGCGUUGAUGACGUCCGGCCCCGAUGGGAUUUUACCGGCGCUUUCUACUUCGUGGGCACCGUCGUUUCCACUAUCGGAUUCGGCAUGACCACCCCAGCCACUGUUGCAGGCAAAAUUUUUCUGAUAUUUUAUGGCCUUAUAGGAUGUGCAGGGACUAUUUUGUUCUUUAACCUGUUCCUGGAGCGUUUGAUCACUGUCAUAGCCUAUGUCAUGAAGUCCUGCCACGAAAGACAGCUGAGGAGAAAAGGCGUCCUCCCUCACAACGGCCGGCGGGGCUCGGGGACCUCCGAGGUGGACAGCCUGGCAGGCUGGAAGCCCUCCGUGUACUACGUCAUGCUGAUUUUGUGUGUAGCAUCACUUGUAAUUUCCUGCUGUGCCUCUGCAAUGUACACACCAAUUGAAGAGUGGAGUUACUUUGACUCACUUUACUUCUGCUUCGUGGCCUUCAGCACCAUCGGUUUUGGUGAUCUGGUCAGCAGCCAGAACAUCAAGUAUGAGAACCAAGGCCUUUACCGCUUUGGCAAUUUUGUCUUCAUACUCAUGGGAGUGUGCUGCAUCUAUUCCUUGUUUAAUGUCAUCUCUAUUGUCAUCAAACAAUCCAUAAACUGGAUAUUAAAGAAGCUGGACUGCAGGUGCUGCCACAGAUGCCAAAGAAAAUUGUUUCGUUCCCGGAGGAACGUGGUAAUGCCGGGAAACGUGCGCAGCCGGGGAAACAUCUCCAUUGAGACCGAUGUGUUCAAUGAGAGCGACACGGACGGACGCCGGCUGUCAGGAGAGAUGAUCUCCAUGAAAGACUUCCUAGCCUCCAAUAAAGUCUCGCUGGCCAUCAUGCAGAAACAGCUGUCGGAAACUGCUAAUGGCUAUCCGAGACAAAUGAGCUCUAAUUCCAAGCAAAAUGGAUUCUCUGGUGGGGUUGGAGCCCUAGCAAUUAUGAAUAACAGGCUUGCAGAGACAAGCGUGGAUAGGUAAAAUAAUGACAGUAAUAACAGUGGAACAGCGACAAGUACAACAGCGACGUGAAACAAGCGGAAAUAGCCAGGGAGAGUGUCGCUGGAGGGCAGGAUGGCUGGGAACGGCAUACUUCUGGUUGGAAGACCUUUCAUACUCUUUUGGAGGUCAUCACUUAAUGUCUCUGCUGUUUGAAUUGCACCAGUCUCAGCCUUCCUUCUUCUCCUUCCUUCCAUUUCUCCAACAGGUCACUGCAGGAGAAAUUUAAUUUAGCCUUCAGAUCAGUUUUCCAUUUCCUUUUCUCCUCCAUUUAUAUGAAAUACAGAUUUCAGGAUAAGAAAUCUGUGGUGUGUAAAGAAAACAAGUGUGUCUCCUGAGCACAUUCUUAAUUCAAAGGUUUUUCUGAGCUUUCUGUCUGAUUUUCAUCAUACCUUCUUUUCUGAAACUAGCUUAUCUGAGACCAAAAGAGGAAUAAGGCUUUCUCUGUGAUCUUACAGAUCUAAUUGAAUGGAAUAAAAAUCCCAAACUAUUUUCUUUAAUGUAUCACUUCUUAAAAUGUAUUCCUAUUGUGAAACAACUAGGCUUGAAAAGCAAACUUUUGCUGCCAUUAGUAUUUGUGCAACUCUGGAAUAAUGCUGUGAACUUUGGUAGGACUAUUCUGGAGCUGUUGUGAUGUGAGUAAGAAGAGAAUUUGGCCUUUAGAAUUUAAUUUAGUCUUCCCUUUAAAAGGACACUGUCAAAAGUAAUAGAAUAAAAACUUACCCUAUUUUUACUUUCUCCUCUCUAUUUACAAAACACAUGAUUUUCUAGGCUACUUUUUCUUCUAGAAAUUAAUCACCGUGGUUUUCUGCUUCAAAAAUAUCAAAUUACAGUUAAAACAGACAUACUAAUGAGUUAUAUCAGUUAUUCCACAGUGACAAUCAGAGGCUUUUCCAAAUUUCUGUUUGUAUUUUGCUCAAUUGUGACUGAAGCAAUUGAGCAUCAACGUUAUUAAUGCAACUAGUAACUGAGUUUACACAACAAGCUCUAGCAUGCAAUUAGAUUGCCAUGCCAACAUUCAGUGUAUUAUUAGGAGCGACCCUGGCCACGAAAUCGCUUUGACAGUGUCCUUUUUGCCUUUCAUGUAAUUCUGUCAUUCCUUCUGGCUUUCAAUGAUGAUAAUGGCAUGGUCUUGAUUAGGGAAAUAGAAAAUGUUCAGCUCCUCAUUUUUUUCCUCAAUGAUAUGCUCUGAGUGUUCAUUAUGACUUGAAAGGAGACUUCAAUAAGAAGAAUAAUGGCAGUGAGAAGAAUAUGAAAACCAGAAAAGAGGUGAUCUUUAAUGACAGUAAAAUAAUCUUUUGUAUUAGGUAACUGGAGAAAUAGGGAUUAAAUUGACGUCAAGUCUAGCAAGAAAUUAAGGAAAACUGACCUGAAUUUCUCAUUCUCCUUUAACUGUGAAAUGCAUUAUUCUAGACAGUGUAUGAGAGUAUGGGUAAGCAGAAUUGGUCACAAAUGACCUGAUCCAGUUCCCCCUGAAAAGAACAGUACAUGCAUCAGGACCGAAAAACCUUGCGGAGUGCUACCAUUUUGGAGAAUUUAAAACAGUAUUACGCAGUUCUUGAUACAGAAAAAUACAGAUAGCCUUUUCAGUUUAACUUGUAUUAGGAAUUUAUAUCAUUUUCUUUUUAUUUCUUCUGGACAAAAGUUACUUUCUUUAGGUUCCUAAUACUGUAGAAUAAUAUUUUAGUACUCAUUUAAGCAACAUUUGAAUUUGAAAACAAAAACAUGCCUCUUGGAAUCCUUUCAUAUAGUAAAGUAAAACCAGAUACUAAACCAAGUUACUUCACUGGUGAAAAGAGUUGCAAGCUCUUUUGACAUUUUACAGCUAAAAUCCUGAUUAAGAAUCAAAUCCUGCUGUCCUUAGUGACAAGGAGAGGUUCAAGCUGAAGCUGUUAGUCCAGAUUCUGAUACCAGCUCAGCUGGGCAGCAGUGCAAUACUGCCAAUAGUCUCCCUUCAUAUUUUCAUCUGUGUAGAAUCUGAAUUGGCCCUAACCCUAACUUUGGUGAGAAAACAGUCUGGCUUGUUUUGAGUGUGGGGGGUGUAUUUAUUAGCAAAAAUUGCCACUGAAUUAUUUUACAUGAUAUCAUAAUACCCAAGAUCCAUUAUAUUGUUAUACUUUUUUUUUUUUCUCCCAAGAUCUUCU